GCGUGAAAAACAUACACAUAUUUGAGUUGAAACAAUGAAGAAGACUCCACUGCAAAUGCUAAAAUAUAAAUUUUCUGCCCGUAAUGAGUGAUUUACAAUGAAAUCCCAGUUCACAAAAAAAUCACUGUAUUUUCACUGAAAUUUAUGAUUUUCUAAUCUCCCUAGUUCUAAUAGUAUCCUCAAGAUUAGUCCUGAGUGAAAUUCAUCAAGAAAAACAGUGAAAAUCUAUUUCUAUUUGCUCUUUUCGUGUCGGUUUUCUUCAAAUCUCUCAGCAAACAGUGCACUCUCCUGGCACAUCGACGUGACUCAGAUUCUUUGGUUAUACAGUGGAUUUGUCAGUGAGGGCCUCAUAAAAAAGUUUCCUGAUAAAUCCACAUUUUUGGGCUCUACUCUUGAGCUCAUUUAUCACCCCAGUCACUCGUCGAACGUAUAUAUAAGAAAUGAAAUAGAAGUGUUGAUAAUCCCAAGUUACUAUAGUGUAUACUUAUAGUUUUUUGGUUGUGCAAUUUUUCCCUGUGCAAUUCUUCUUGGUUGUUAUUAGAACCCUCCUGGGACAGGAGAAAUUGUAAAAAGAAUGGAUCAGAAAACAUCUUUUCUACCUCCGAGCCCUCAAUCGGAGCAAUCCCGCUUCAAUGAAGUGGAGAAAAUGGGCUUCCUCCUUCUCAUAGUAGCCCUUACCACGACCUUUGGUACAGCUGUCCCCGUUGGAUAUACCAUUGGCGUGGUUAAUGCUCCCGCAGAGUACAUGAGAAAUUGGUGUAAUGCCAGUUUCCUCGAGCGAUAUGGGGUAACACUAACGGAAAACAGUCUAGAUAUCCUUUGGGCGUCUAUUGUAUCUGUCUUCCUUAUUGGUGGCUGUGCAGGUUCUCUCGGUGGAGCCUGGAUUGCGGAUAAUUUGGGCAGAAAAAAAUCAUUAUUAGUGUGUGGCGUUCUCUUCGUAAUCGCCGCAAUGUUUUUCAUUUUUUGCCGUAUGGCAAAUUCAGUGGAAAUGCUAAUAAUCGGCCGACUGAUCGUAGGUUUUGCGUCGGGACUCACCACAGCCACACUCCCCAUGUAUUUGCUCGAACUGGCGCCACUAGCUCUGCGUGGCGCUCUUGGGGUCUUUUGCUCAAUUGGCGUCACCGGAGGCGUAGUGGUUGGUCAAGUGUUCAGUUUACAGGAGAUCUUUGGUACUGAUGAACUAUGGCACUGGGCCCUAUCCUUCUAUGUCGUUCUUGUGAUUGUCUGCUUUGUGGCAGCACCGUGGUGGCCAGAAAGCCCCAAAUAUCUCUAUUUAACUGCCAAUAGAAAAGAUGAUGCGAAGACGGUUUUGCUCCGCCUGCGUGGGAAUGAUCCCAAUUUUGUGCAAUAUGAACUAGAAGAGAUGAAUCAAGAACUUGUGGAGAAAUCUGAUACGCGCUCAGUUAAAUCUGUGAUUAGUGACCCUGCACUUUUGCUGCCAAUAGUGCUAGUAUGUGCCUUGCAAGGAGGACAGCAAUUGUCCGGAGUCAAUGCUGUCUUCUAUUACUCCGUCUCGAUUUUCGAAUCGGCCGGAUUAAGCUCCACAAAUGCCAAGUGGGCGAAUCUUGGUGCUGGCUGCCUCAAUCUUGCAACAGCCUUUUUCACGCCACUUCUCAUGAAGUAUGUCAACAGACGACCCAUCAGUUUAAUAUCGUGCACCGGAAGUGGCAUUUUCCUGUUUAUUCUCACCUUUGUGGUCAACUACAUUAAUUAUGCCUCAUGGAUGGCCUAUGCUUGCAUAACGUGUGUUCUUCUCUACAUCUUCUUUUUUCAAACUGGCCUCGGACCAAUUCCAUUUUUUAUAGGUUCAGAAUUGUGCAAUGUAUCCCAUCGAGCCGCCAUAAUGUCACUGGGGUCUUUAGCUUCAUGGUCCGGGAACUUUAUUGUGGGCAUUUCUUUUCCUAUUCUUCAAUCUUUUUGGGGGGCUUGGGUUUUUCUUCCUUUUGUCAGUACUUGUAUCAUUUUGGUAAUUUUGAUAUUUUUCUACCUACCAGAAACUCGAGGUAAACAGGCUUCCGAAGUAGCCUUAUUGAUAUCAAAAGGUUUUAGGUCCAAACCGCGAGAAUCUGCAUAGAUAGCUUUAAAAAGAAAAUAGUGGAGUAAUAUACAGAUCUAUUAAUCUCUUUUCUAAAAAUAAACGAAAGUGUAGUCCUUUAAAUAAAUCUCUAAAAAGAAUCUCAAACUCAACAUCAGUGUAUCUAAUAAUCUGAAAAAAAUAUAAGAAAGACUGAUGCAUUAAAUAUAAGGUCCAGUUCAGCAAAAUCUAGGGUCAAUUUAAUGAUCUUUUUGCAGAAUUACGCAUCAUGGCUCGCCUAUGCGUGUGUAGCUUCUGUUCUUCUCUUUAUUCUUUGCCAUGCUUCUGGUCUAGCUCCGGUUCCUUACUUUAUCGGAUCGGAACUAUGCAGCGUAUCUCAUCGAGCAGCAAUCAUGUCUCUCGGUGCCCUGGCUCAAUGGUCAGGAAAUUUUAUUGUAGGAAUUUGUUUUCCAGUUCUACAAUCUUAUUGGGGCGCUUGGGUAUUUCUUCCUUUUGUCACCACCUGUAUACUUCUAGUCAUCUUAAUUUAUUUUUAUCUGCCUGAAACGAGAGGGAAAUCAGCAACUGAAGUAGCUCUUUUGGUUUCUAAAGGCUUUAAAUCAAAACCACGUGAGGCUUAGAAGUCAUUAUGAACUGCAGAUCUCAAAUACAUUUAUGUGCCAUAGUUUAAAAUUUACAAUGAUCUGAAAAUGAGAAUCUUUUGUUGAUCUGAAAUAAAUAUAUGUAUGUGUUUAGUUUAAUGAAAAUAAAACGGUAUUAUAUUUUCGAAAAAAAAAAUAAAGAAAACCAUUUAAAUUGUGUA